CCAUGCUGGCUCAAGCCAGGGUCAAGGCGUGUCUCGGGUCGCUGCGAUUCCAGAUCGAUCGGCCCCGUUGGUGUUGUCGCCCCGAUGGCUGUUGCAAAACGAGUGGGCAGGUUUGUCAUGUAUUUGAGUGCAGGCGUCUCUACUGGUCACGCAGCGUCGUACCCUGCCAAGGCUAUCAUAUCACAUGUUCAGUGUGCGGUAUGCAAGAUGGCCAUGAAGGAGGUCAGGAAUCAUGUCAAGGAAACUCAGAUCGACGACGAAGAUUCACUUACGGAUUAUAUUGAGUACAUGUGUCUCCCUAAAAAGAACGAGGGCAAAUGGCUUCUGAAGCUAGAUAUUUCGCGAGACAAGCCAGACGCGCAGUUGUCAAUCGUGAAGCAGGACAAGGUCGGCAAAUGCAACGAGGAGUGCAGAAUGUUGCAAGUAGCAUGCUACACUGCCAUCGAUGGCAAAGAGGAGUCCAUAGUGUCUAUGCUUCGGGAAUCUGCUGGGCUCGCGAAGAUGCAGAAUAAGAUUUGUGACAAGCCAUGUAGCGCUAAAAGCAUUAAACAGUUGGAGGAGUGGAAGGAUGAGAAGUUUGAGGAGGACAAAGAUGCGGAGAUUAAUUCUCUCCUUGAUAGUAUGAAGGGCAUGCCUGGCAUGGAGAAUAUGAAGAUGUACAAGCCUGGUGACCUAGAAAAGGAAAUGAAGGACAUGAAGGAAGAGCUGUAG